AUGUCUUCGGAGUCGCCGCAGGUUGAUAUGGCACCACCCCAGCCAGAUUCUGGCGACCAGAAUGCCACCCCGGACGCUGAUACCGCGAAGAGGAAAGCGGAACCGGCCAACGGAACUCAUACUCGUUCCAAGCGGAAUCGCUACAUCUCCAUCGCGUGUAACGAAUGCAAGAGGCGGAAGAUCAAAUGCAAUGGCCAGGUCCCCUGCCAACGCUGUGGACACCUUAACCUCGAAUGUCGAUAUGCCCCAAACUGCUGCAAUAAUAACUUUAAAGAUUCCGAGGAAUUCCGGUCGAUGACAGACCAAAUCAAGACAUUGCAGGAUCAGGUAAAUAGUCUUUUUACCAAUCUUAAGGAUCUUCGGUCGCAAAGGUCGUCCAUCGACUCUCCAAACUUCGACGCCUUCUCUCGUGAUGGCUCGCAGUCGGUGUUCACGCCUAUGCAAGCCCCGUUGAGCAAACCACGCAUAAGGCAUCCCCGGUUCCAGGGGCCUACCAGCUCUGCUUUUAACUUUGAUGUCGCAAGGUCUAGUCUACAGAAUAUGGGCAUCGCUCCGCCAGAGGAAGUCAUACCAGACGAUUUGACCACGGCCCAGGUUACACCGGCUGGCUCUCCUCCCCAUGUGGGCCCGUCGUUUCUCACGAUGCACCCCACCAAGGAUCCGAUAUGGUCCAUCAAGCGAGAUGAAGCUCUGCGUCUGUGUCGUGUCUACGAAGAGGAGAUUGGUAUCAUGUAUCCGCUAGUAGAUAUAGACCAUAUCGCCCAGCAAGUGAACCUGCUAUACACGUUCAUGGAAUCAGCGAUACGCACGGGGUUUGCGCAACGGGGGUUGCCUGGUGCUGAUGGUCUUACUGAUGACAGCACGGUUCUAUUGAAGAUGAUACUUGCUAUAACGCUGAUCGUGGAGGGAGGUGGCCAAAGCGAGCUCGGACAGCGGCUGUAUCUGAGCGUGAAGCCAAUAGCUGAAUCCAAACUCUGGGAUACGCUCGACAUCAAGACCAUCCAGAUAUAUGGCAUGAUUGCAACUUUCCAUUUUCACAUGGACGAUGAUGCCAUGGCUUAUCGCAUCAUCGGCCUGGCCGCACGCAUGUGUCUUGAGAUGGGUCUGCAUCGGCGCGAUGCCCUGACCAAAAUGUUCCCGGAUGAAGAACAAUGGCCUGCCGUGGUGAAGACUUUCUGGACAAUCUACAGUCUGGAUCGACGGUGGAGUCUCGGGACAGGGCUGCCUUUCAACAUUCAGGAUGAAGACAUCGACCCUAACCUCCCGGAGCCGGAUGCUUCAUUGCCGUAUCUGAAAUCAAUGAUAUCAUACAAUCGCAUUAGCUCGAAGAUCUGGUAUUCCGGGCUGGGCUCUGAGGGUGCAACGGAUAUACGUCGGGACGAGAUAGGUUAUCUGGAUUACCAGAUCCUGCAGUGGUACAAGCAAGUCCCAGAUGCCCUGAAAUUCUAUCCAAUCGAAUCUCCAAAGAAUGGUCAUGUGGAGUCGACGAACCGGGGCCUGAGGCGACUAAGGGUUCUACUGUAUCUCCGCAUGAAUCAGCUCCGAAUCCUCAUCUACCGGCCCGUCCUGCACUCCGCAGCAAGUAUUGCCGAGGAUAAGGGUCAUGCUCAGACGGUGGUGGACGUCGCAAAAGACACUAUCCGCGUGCUCACUCGACUCAAUCAGACAUCCGACAUUUACCGCAGCCAACAGAUCACCUUCAACUACUUCCUCGUGGCUGCUUUGGCGGUCAUCUUCCUUGCUGUCUGCCAUGCACCGACAGAGUUCAACCGACAGGUGCGGGACGAGUUCUACAUGGCGCUGAACUUGAUCAGCGGGUUCAGUACAAAGUCCUACGUGUCGAAGCGUCUCUGGAAGGCUAUCAAAGGCCUUCGAAAGAUCGGCGAACGGCUGGGAGUGCUUAUGCGGCCCUUUGGGUCUGACUCUAAUGAUCCCCAUUCAAGUGCAGCGGUGGCCAUGGCCGGGUUAGCUGGCCACCAAAUUGAAGAUUUGUCGGUGUAUGGCCCGAUGAAUGGGAUCGGCGAGCUUGGCAACAGCCCUCUCAACGGGCUGCAGAUGAGCCAUGAGCUCACGAAUCUAUUUGAGGCAGUAGGUGGGUUUGGGAACUUUAUGGCUUCCGGGACGCCGGCCGAGGGAAUCAAUGGGUUUGUAGGUCAUGAUGGUGAAAUCCAGAACACGGGGGAGGGGCUCUCGGGAGUGCUUGGAGAUGAAGGCGAAUGGUCCCGGGUGAUCCGAGAUUUGUUCUAA